AUGUCGUCUACAACAGCUGCCCUCCCCCCUUACAACAAGAUUCAUCUCAUUGGUGCAUGGGUUGAGACCGUGCUCUGGGCUAUGAAGUCGGUUCAUCCCUGGUCACUUUCCUCGCUGUCGUAUGGAUUAUAUUCUGGAAACGCAGUGAUGCACAUCAGUGUGUAUAGGUUGCUAGGGGCCAUGUCAAUCCUGCUGUUUACGCUCGUCACCGUGCACAUAGGAGCCUCGUUGCAGCAGCUACUUGAAGCGUUCAUAUACAUACCAGCCAAUGCGCCAGCGGACUAUACAACCCUUUAUUGGCUCGACUUCCAAAAUCCAAUGCUGAUCCUCAAGAGUAUUCUUUGGAUCACAACGGCAUGGGUUCAAGAACUUACCCUGAUAUGGCGACUGUAUAUUGUAUGGGAUCACAACUGGAAGAUCUGCGUACUUCCUCUUCUACUUGAUCUUUCCCAUAUUGGAGCUGCCUAUGGCGAAGUCUCGUACACAUCUCGGCCCAAUAUUGACUUCUUUAGUGGCGACAUCCGCAGGUUGUCGCUCUUCAGCUGGCUCGCAGGCCUCAUCAUCAACAUCUCGGUCACGACGCUCAUCGCCUCGCGGCUGUGGUACAUGGGCAUGCGUGUGCGCGCCGCGCACUUGAGCUCUGGCCAGUCGCGCGUCGAGAACCAGUACCUCCCUGCCAUAUUCACGAUUAUCGAGUCCAGCGCCCUCUUCUCUGCCGUCACAAUCUUCACGUUGACCAUCUACCUGAGCGGCAGUCCGUUUAACCUGGCAGCGAUUGACAUCGCCACGCAGCUCGCGACACUUACGCCGUUACUGCUGAUCGUGCGCGUCGGGCUCGGUCUCACGCAUGGUCUGCCGGCCGCAUUCAAGAGCCUGAAGGCCUCAGAGACCAUGGGCGAGCUGUCCACAUUCCAGGCGAACGCCCAAACCACGACGAAUUCGAUGCGAUUCACCUCGCAAGGCGGGAGAACAACGACUGCAGGCGCCACAUCUGCACUAGGGGAGACGGACGUCGAGCUGGAGAGUAUGAAGUUCAACCCGUCCGUGAUAUCCGUCAAGGAACCCGUGCGCAUCCUCUCAGAGAGCAAGGGCACCUUGGCAUAG